AUGAAAACGGAAAUUUUUCCAUCUUCAUUCACUGGUGGAAAUCGUCGGAUUGAAUUGACUGGAACCGAUCUAUGGAUUACUCCACGUAUUGAUAAUGUUUUCGUAUAUCCAGGUGACUUAGAUCUCAAUCGUUUGAAAGACGCACUCAGUCACAUUCUGGCAUUAUGGCCUUUAGUUUGCGGUCGUCUACUCCUACACGAUGAAGAGCAUUAUAUCAUUGAAAUGUCUGACAAAGCCGUACCGGUUACCAUUCUUGAUAAUACAGAAUUAAUACAAUGGCCUCUUAACUCUAAUGUGGUACGGGACAAUGUCGAAGGUCAAUUGCAACCUUUUCUUGACGAAGUACAAACUACGAAACUAUGGCAUGGUUGUCCAAAUGAACCACUUUUCCGUGUGAAAAUCACUAGGCUUAUACGAAGUGGUCAAUGGGUGCUCGGCACAAGUUGGGCACAUGUUCUUGGAGAUGCCUGUGCUUGCUUGAAUUUUCUGCAUACGUUUUCAUGUUCCUACCAACAAAUGGAACUUCCGGCACUAUUACCUAGUUUUGAACGCCGCCUAUGGUCAAAAAAUGAAGUUGAUCGAUCAUUAUUACCUACCAUGCGACAUUUAUUUGACGCUCUAUCGACUGAACAAAUUCAAGAAAAAAUGAUGAUCGAACAAGAGACCCAUGUUCAAUUAAAUAUACAUUUUUCUGGUGAGCAGAUUACCAGAUUGCGUACACUAGUUGAUGAUAGUACUUUAACUAUUCACGACAUCAUGAUUGCCUAUAUUAUUCUUACAUUAAAUGUUUCAUGUUUUAAAAAAGACGAGAUGAUUAUUCGACACACUAAUAUCAUUGUUAAUUAUCGUGGCGUAUCUGAUUCAAUCGCUACACCUGGUAAAAUCUAUGGUGUAUUACGAGCAUGUGUUAUUGCUGAUAAUGGUGAAAGUCAUUCACAUAAAACUGGUGAAAGUCAUUAUAAUUUAUUAUCUGUUGAGAAUGGACAAAGUCAAACAUCAGAAGAAUAUCAAAUCAAUAUAGAUAUUCAAUCACUUCAAUCAGCCAAUGUUAAAUGUAUUUCAAUUGAUCCAUUUAUAAAUUCAUCGAUACCAUUUUCUCGUAUUCCUUUUGGUUUUACGCCAUUAGAAUCCAAUGAGGGUGAUACAUUAGCAUUAGAUUUUAUACGACGACCUCUAUUUGAUUUAAAUCUUCUUGUUAAAUCAGAAGCAUUAACUGCUGAUCAAAUCGCAGAAAAACUUGAUGUUUAUUUAAAAUACGAUAAACCAAAUGUGAUUAUAUUUGGAACAAAAUAUGAUGAUCAACAUACUUUAGAAGAUAAUCAUUAUGGAAUGCAACGUACAAUCAAAGAAAAUAAACCACCACGUGGUAUAGAUGAUAUUCAUAUGAAUCAAAUUGUCGGUAAAGAUGGUCAUGCUUAUCAAGAUGGAGCUUUAUUUAUUCAAAAAGAUAAUCAAGAUAAUACAUAUGUCGCUUUCUUUUUCUGUUUUGAUAGUCAAUGUACAACAGAAGAAUUAUCAAAAUAA